UAUGAAGACCUGCAGAUGUUCCUCCCAAGUUCAAUGCGCUUCUUUAAUCUUAGAGGCCCAGAACACUGCAGGCUGUGCGAUAACGGGAAUCAUUUAAAAGAAGCAACACCGACAAUUCAUUUGAUUGGGCUAUUAAUUGUAUGCCGGGAGCAGCAAUUGGUAGUCCACCCAUAGCGUACACCGUAUUCACAUCCUGACAUGUUGCACCCACACUUUAAAGCCACUCGCCAAACAAAAUUACCAGGGCUUGGGUAUAAAUCUGGGCCAUCGGCGAACUUAAACCCCACACACCUCCGACCUUGCUCAGUCAACCCUGGUUAGCACAAUCCAGCGCCGUUCCAACUGCAACUUACCAAAUCCCGUAGCCAUAUUGUAAUAUGCCUGUACCAGUCAUUUACUAUAACGUCGAAGUCAUCCAAUUCUGGCAAGGGCAGAAAGAACCCCUACAGCCCUACCCACUUCACUGGGUGAUUUACAUCCCAACCGCUCCCGGUAUCGGGAACACAUACCACAUACUAGGAAACAUGGAUACCUACACCAUAGAUUUCAGACGCAACCAACCAUACCCAAACCCAGAUGCAUGGCGCGGAAGCUUCGCCGUUGGAAAAGUAGCUGCGCAUCAGCUAACCCUGAUGGAGCGACACCUGGCAAGCAUUCCUAUCGCGCGUCACGACCCCAGAUGGAACUGCCAAAGCUGGGUGUGGGAGGGUCUCAGGCAUCUUCGACACCAAGGUUUUAAUAUUAGCUGGGAGAUCAGGCUUUCAGAUCUUCAAACGCAGAUGUACUGCUUGCUGGAGGAUUGGGAAUACGGCCGAAUUUAAAGAGGGCGGGGAUCCUAAAGUUAAGACCUCAGCAUCUGCAUUCUAUGUUUGUAUUAACACCGGCAUCAUAGACAUCGCGAGUGAACUUUAUUGUCUUGAUCGAAAGAGAGAGUAUCCUCACCGAUCAAGUUCUGUGGCGCUGACAGACCGAAGCGGAGUCUUGUGCCACACCGCGAGACGUGCUAUGACUUUCAAUCCCUCGCAUUAGGAGAGAUGCGACUUGCAUCGCCCAUGUGGAACAGUAUGAAGGAGAUGUUGUACUGAUCAGUGAGCAGUACUUCAGGAUCUGAUGUGCGCUUUGCAGAAGGGACGACCGUCUGCCAUCUAUUGGUCUGUCUAUGGGGUACUAAGUUGAGCCUUGCCAACUAGAUGCGACAAAAAUAACGGCUGCACACGAGUGAAACAGGACCCUUUGG